AUGUUUUACGCAAUUGGUAUGAUAUUUGGUCCGGGUAUUGGUGGUUUACUGGCUGAAUUGGGUGCCUAUAUAAAUGCAAGCUUUAUAUUGCCAUUUGAAGUGCUGGUCAAACCCGAAAGAAAUACCGAAAAGACAAGUAUACUAACCAUAUGUAAAAACUUUGACUUUUCAAUCAAUCUCUUGAUUACAAUCAACGGCUGUAUUCUCAUUGGCUUUAACGACGCGACCCUUGAUUUGCAUCUCAAAACUAUCCAACACUUAUCACCAUCAGUGGAGGGUGCUAUAUUUGUGGUGCAAGGUGCUUUCUACGCCAUGUUCAACCCCUACUGGGCCAGUCUGGUGGACAAAGUGGCCAGUAAGCACUCCCUAUGUAUAGCUGGCUGUGUUUUCUCAAUGUUAAACUAUAUAAUCGCCGGUCCAUUGCCUUUCAUACCUAUCAACCCCAACCUAUGGCUCGUAAUUAUCGGUCAAAUAUGUUUGGGAAUUGCAUUUGGAGGCAUACUUGUGGGCAGUUUUACCCAUGGAUUUCAGGAGAUUAUAAAGAAGGGUUACCCCGAAAAUGUCAGCACAUAUGCCGUGAUAUCCGCGAGUUUUUCAUCAGCCUUUGCAUUGGGAUCAGCUAUAGGGCCGGCGAUUGGCGGCUAUUUGAUGGGCCAACUUGGAUAUAGAUGGGCUACAUUACCAAUGGUGGCCCUGGAGUUCCUAUUUAUUUCAGUGCUGAUCACAGGCUCGAGUUCAGGUAUCGGUGCCGCCACUGCCGUACAGUUCUCCAGAGCCGGUGCUAAUGUUGUGGUCACCGGUAGACGAGCCGAUAAAGUGUCAGAAGUGGCCAAA